AUGGUCCCGCGGCUGAGCAUGCCUCGUCUGAUACCACGACUCCUCCGCAACCUCGAGACCGCCCGCGCUCGUCCUCCUUCCACCGCACCUCUCCAUACACCACCACGGCGCAAGCAACAAGGACACGAUGUCGACUCACUGCCCCAACUUCCUUCUCUCAGUCCAGAAGGUCGCGCGCAGUCCAUCGUCCUCGACUCCCUGGAGCCGAUCAUGACCAUUGCAAGACACAAACGACAUAAGGCCCUACCCCCUGUAGUUAAGAUCCCCCAGCCGCGGAAUAAGGGCGACCAGCCCGUCCUGUACGUACGUGGGGAACCACGUCGCGCGAUGUCCACCGAGGAGCGUGCUCUCUGGGCCAAUCCCUACCUGCGGAUGCUGUCUACUCCCAUACGACAGUGCCUGUUAACGAAAAGAGUUUUACCCAAAGCUUUUCUUAUCCGGCUGGCUCCCAAACUGCUGCCUCCUACUCGCAUUGGGGGGAACCGGGCAGAAAUUCUAGCCCCAGAUGGCCUUGAGCACCCCAAUUUCAAAAGCCCGCGCGUCGGGAAUGGGUACCACAUAACUUGCUUCAAGGACGCCAUCACCAUGAUGGUCGGAAAGGCAGGCGUGCACAAGCGGGUGGGCAGAAAUGUGACCGUGCACAAAUAUCUGCAAGAACAGAUCGCCCACAUGCUGCGCGUUCGCGUCCUGCAGGAGAUGCAUAUACUCUCACUGAGUCUGCAGCGUGGGGAGAGGGGUGCGCUGGACGUGCCGAUUAUCCGGCGACUGACUCGCGCCGAGUGGAAGGGAGUCAAGUCUUCCGGCGCAGUCCCGUAUGCCAAUGCCGUUGCAGUCCUCGUGGUCCCUCCUGUGAAUACAAAUCCCAGCACGAAGAAGAGGCCUAAACCGAACAUGUCGACCGCGCCUACACCGGACUUCGUGGAUGGAUCCUCGAAAGGCAGCCGCUCUCUCCCGCUUUGCGUCAUGCAUCCGACAAGCAGUGAUCCGCUUGAUGCUCUCAUAGCAGAGGACGAAGAUCUGCCCAGACUCCUCCCUCAGUCAAGGGUGCCGUUGUAUAAUGGUAUCACCUUGUGCCCAGAUGUCUCGCAGCGUGCAGCUCUGCAUACGUCCCUUCUUCACCUGCUGCGUCUCGAACGCGUUGCGCGUUUCAAGCAGCACGCAUUAUUGCAUAGAAUGGAAGAGGCGCGUGCUCAAGCUUCAGGGAGCGCGAACGAGGAGCCAGAAAAGAAGCCUGGGCAGGAAGAUCUCCUUCCCGGCGAUGAGAAGGGUAGCCAUGCGUUUUUGCUGUGCUCAGACGAGUCUACGUUGCUGAGGGCGGAUGUAGCACCUCUUGCGAUUGCGCUGUGGAGAGUGCGGAUGUUCGAGGGUGGGGGGUGGGACGAGAAGUUGCUUGAGACCAGUGGUGGGUGGGCAUCAAGCGCAUGA